CCAGAUCCCCACACAAGCCUUGUUGUUUAACACACGGCCCUCAAAUGGUGGAGAUGCUUUCCUGAGCAAAUCAAGGCAUGACGUGCUCCCUGCUCCCGUGAGCGGAGCCCUGAUUGCAGAUGGGAUGCAAUGGGGGAGGUGGGGUGAGCAAAGACAAAGGUUACAGUGAGCAGCUGGCACAGAGUGACAGGAGAAUGAAUUUCUGCCCCGUUUGGCGGCUGUUGCAUCCGUGGUUUCUCCUAGGUGGGAGUGGUCCAGCAUGUGCUCCAGGCUGUCACCCUGGAAAGUAAUGAGUUGCCUUCUUCAUUCCUGCAGGUGAGAUGGUUACAGGCCCAGCUGCCAGGAACCGUGGCCAGGUUUUGUGACCGGGAUGGAGGGUGUGUCAAGGAGGCCAUGCACAAAGCUGGAGACAUCAUCUACCUCCUCAAGAGGGAGGGGCUUGGCUCCAUCUCCCAGGACAUUGCAGUCAGCCUUCGGCCCUUCAUUGAUGACGAGAGGGGCAGUGUGCGCUCAGCUGCCAUUUCACUGCUUGGCAACGUGGUGAGCAGGGUGCAGGACCCGGACAAACCCCUCGUGCAGCAGGAAAUCAUCCACUGCUUGCUCCCGCUGCUGCUGCAUCUUGCAGACCAGGAGGAGAGUGUGACACUGCGAUGUAAACUGACGCUCUUCCGCUGCGCAGUGUUUCUCGGCUGGGCUCAUUUGAAGAGGCUGUUCCGCAGCAUGGCCUGGGAUGGCUCCUCACAGCUCUUGAAGUGUGUCGGGAAGUGCUUGAUGCAGAACAACAAGAGCCACAUCCCCAAAUUCCUGUUCCAGGCCCUAGAGUACCUGGAAAGCUCCCAGACAACAAUACGACACUCUGCAGCCUUGUUCAUUGGAAAUACUAUCCGCCAUUACUACAAUUUGUUGUCUGAAACAGUGAAUGAAGAUGGCAUCUCCCGCCUGUAUGAAGCUUUUCAGGAAGUACCUUUGAAAUCUGACAGGACCACGUGGGACAUCCUCAACAGACAUUAUAAAUGGUUGCAGAAGCUUGUAAAUCUCGUGUCGGGUUCUGCGUUUGACUAGGGAACCGGGACCGACACAGAAGAGCUCUUUGUCCUGCUAUGACAUCUAGAGGCCAACAGGAGCCAACUGAGCCCACCACUGAUCCCAUCUCUUGUGAGAUGGCAAAGCAGCUGUUGCAUGGGAAGGAGGAGACAGAAGAGGCCGAGCAGCGUGUGCCGGGGUGUACCAGCCCCACAUAACCCCACAGUCUAGGCGGAGGAAGCCAAGCCCCUCCCCAGCCCUGCUCGACAGACUACAACUGGAGCACCAGUGUGAAAGGGAGCAGCUCAGCUCACGCCAGGCAGAGCGCCGACAAUGGACGAUGCACAUUGUAGGCUCCAGUCCAGAAGCAGCUGAAGCCCCUGCCUGCAGAGCCCCGAGGCGCCGAGACCCAGCCGCACCCCCGGGGGCCUGCAGACGUGCAAGAGAGAUCGGAGUGUCUGGGAGUUUCCCACGCUGGGAGCCCAGAGACCCCCAGCCCGUGGCCUAGAGACUUCUCCGCUGAAGUAACCUGGGUGAACGAGCCAUUGUCAUGCUGAGUGACGUCAGCAUGUUCUGGCUGGAUCCCCACUGACUCAACGGCAAACACAUUGGCCACGGACAAGGCCCUGGGCUAGAGCAAGGGGGAGUAAGGAGAGUCUGGGUCCCCCUGCCCUGGCUGCCAUCCAUCCUCGGGUGGCUGCCCACGUCCCCAUUGCGCCACUAGACCGCAGGCCCCAAGAGGAGGGGCAACCAUCUUGUCUCUGAACUCUCAGCCAAACAGCCCUGCACUGAAGGGCAGCCGCACGGACCCUGGUUGUUGGGCCACACAGCCCGGACGGAGAGGGCAGCUGCACGGACUCUGGUCGUUGGGCCACACAGCCCCGACGGAGAGGGCGGCCGCACGGACUCUGGCCGUUGGGCCACACAGCCCUGGACAGAGAGGGCGGCCGCACGGACUCUGGUCGCUGGGCCACACAGCCCCGGACGGAGAGGGCGGCCGCACGGACUCUGGCUGUUGGGCCACACAGCACCGGAUGGAGAGGGCGGCCGGACGGACUCUGGUCGCUGGGCCACACAGCCCCGACGGAGAGGACGGCCGCACGGACCCUGGUCGUUCUGCCACACAGCCCCGGA